UAUUGAGUUUUGUUGAGGCAGCUGUUCUGCAUUGCAGGUCAGGCCAGGUUUUGUGAUACGUUGUCAGUGUACUGUAUUUAGAUAGUCUGUCAUUCUUGUCAAUAAUGUUUCAGACCCUUGUCAUUGCUAAAUGUCCAAGUGAUGAAUUGUCUUAUGAGAACAGUGCUGUAGGCAACAGAGAAGAUUUUAGAGAAGAUGUCAAGUAUGUAGAAAUUAAUCAAGAGUAUGUUUUCAAAUUAUCAUAUCAUAGUGAUAUCAAAAAAGGUCAAAUGGGCUUUAAUACUCCGGGAAGGAAAUGGGCUCAGCUUUCCCUUGGGGAUAAAUGUCAAGCUAGACCUUUUUCGUUUUCUCCUACAUCUACUUCACAUUGCUUAUGCAGCAUGACUCUAGAAACUGACUACAUCAGGAAAAAACCAUCUAAUCCACAAACUGCUUAUGACACUGAUCAGAUGGCUCAAGAUUUUCUAAUGAAGUUCUCUAGGUUUCCAUUUUCUGUUGGACAGCCUCUUGCAUUCAACUUUAAAGAUCAAGAGAUAUUUAGUCUUGUUGUUACAAGUCUAGAAGCUGCUGAUAUUAAAGCUAUAGAAGCUGGCCAAGAUGCAAAACCAGUGAAGAUAAAAAUUGGUCUUUGUUUAGGAGAUACCAUAGUCAUAUUCAACAAAAAAGAAGGGUCUCUUUUAAAUCUUGUGGGAAAAAGUAAAGGAAAAGAAGCAAGAGUGUCAAUAAUCAAUCCAAAUUGGGAUUUUGGAAAAAUGGGGAUAGGAGGUUUAGGAACUGAAUUUAAUGCAAUUUUCCGACGAGCUUUUGCUUCGAGGGUGUUUCCACCAGAAGUGGUUGAACAAUUAGGAUGUAAUCAUGUGAAGGGCAUUUUGCUGUAUGGACCUCCUGGAACUGGAAAAACUCUAAUGGCGAGACAAAUAGGUAAAAUGCUUAAUGCUAGGGAACCAAAAAUUGUUAAUGGUCCUCAAAUUCUGGAUAAGUAUGUAGGAGAAUCAGAGGCAAACAUAAGGAGACUAUUUGCUGAUGCUGAAGAAGAACAAAAAAGGUUGGGCCCUAACUCUGGUCUUCAUAUCAUCAUCUUGGAUGAAAUGGAUGCUAUAUGUAAAGCUAGAGGGUCAGUUGGAGGUAACACAGGAGUACAUGAUACUGUAGUAAAUCAGCUCCUUUCCAAAAUAGAUGGUGUUGAUCAGUUGAAUAAUAUUUUGAUUAUUGGAAUGACAAACAGAAGAGAUAUGAUUGACGAAGCUUUACUCAGACCUGGUAGGCUUGAGGUUCAAAUGGAAAUAGGACUACCAAAUGAACAAGGCAGGGUUGAAAUUCUUCGAAUCCACACAGCAAAGAUGUAUGACUAUGACAAGAUCUCAAAAGAUGUAGACUUACGGGAAUUGGCAUCUUUGACCAAGAAUUUUAGUGGAGCUGAACUUGAAGGUUUAGUGAGAGCUGCACAGUCAACCGCAAUGAAUCGUUUAAUAAAAGCUGCUUCUAAAGUUGAAGUUGAUCCAGAAGCUAUGAAAAAGCUGAGGAUUGAAAGAGCUGAUUUUAUUCAUGCUUUAGAACACGAUAUAAAGCCAGCUUUUGGGACCAGUGCUGAAGCUCUUGAAAAUUGUUUGUCACAAGGUGUAAUUAAUUGGGGUGCACCUGUCGGGAGCAUUCUUGAAGAUGGGCGACUUCUAUGCCAACAAGCAAAAGCAUCUGAGACGUCUGGCCUUGUUUCUGUUUUACUUGAAGGUCCACCAAAUGCUGGAAAAACAGCAUUAGCUGCUAAGUUGGCUAAAAAUUCUGAUUUCCCAUUCAUUAAAGUGUGUUCACCUGAAGACAUGGUUGGCUUCACUGAAUCUGCCAAAUGUAUGAGCAUUCGAAAGGUCUUUGAUGAUGCGUAUAGAUCCCAUUUGAGCUGUAUUUUAGUUGAUAAUAUUGAACGUUUGUUGGACUACGGCCCGAUUGGCCCAAGAUAUUCAAAUCUGACUCUUCAGGCAUUGUUAGUUCUUUUAAAGAAACAGCCUCCACCUGGAAGGAAACUCCUUAUCCUCUGUACAACAAGCAGAAGGCAGGUUUUGGAAGACAUGGAAAUGUUAUCUGCUUUCACUGCGAUUCUACAUGUUCCAAAUCUUAGUAAGCCUGAACAUUUACUCGCUGUUGUAGAAGAAUCAGAGAUUUUUGGAAAGGAUGAUCUAUCGAUGUUUGCUAACAAGAUUAAAGGUGUCAGAGUUUUUAUCGGGAUCAAGAAAUUACUUGCUCUCAUAGACAUGGCUCGACAAAUGGAUAAGAAGUCAAGGGUAUACAAGUUUCUGAGCAAACUUGAAGAAGAAGGAGCUUUAGGUGAAAGUGGAAUACGUUAAUAUGCUUCCAAAGUCUUCAGCAGUUUUCUUAGGUCCCAGAGUUACCUAUAUACAUAUAUCAUGUGAUUUUUUCUGUAAGAUCUGUUCAAAAACCAAUAUUCUAAAUGCAAAUAGAAAUCUAGUCUUGUGGUUUGGAGGUUGUGAGUUUUCAGUGGUAUGUAGUCUAUUUUUCUCCCAAUAUAUGUAUAUAUAUAUAUUGUCAUUAAUGUUUGCACUUUUUGAACAGAUCAUAUGUUUUUGUAUACAAAAGUAGAUUUUUGUUUUUUAUAUUAUAAACUGUAUCUGCAAUUUUUUAGAAUUCACAGUCACUAUACUUAAUUGUAACAUAAGAAAAGACGUCUUUAUAAGCUGUCACCUUAUUUUUGAAAAGUAUUACUUUUAUUUAUUUAUUAUUAUUUUUUUUUAAUUAUGAGCAUUUAUAUGUUUAUGUUUUAAUUUAUAUAAUGUGAUAAGAUCUCUUUGUAUUGCUUAUUUAUUUGUUUCAGUUUCAGUUUCAGUUAUCUGUGUUUGUUAUAUAUUUUGCAAAUAUUUAAAAAAAGUGUUGUUAUAUUUCUAAUUUUUGAUAGAAAUAAAGCAAUAAUUAGGUAAUCAUACUUAAAGUAUGUUACAUUCCAUGUUAAGUGAUUAUUUAUCUCAUAGUACGAGUAUUGUUGAAUAAAUGUUUUUUAUGAAUGA